GUCUUGCUCUGUCACCUAGGCUGGGGUGCAGUUAUGCAAUCUUGGCUCACUGCAACCUCCGUCUUCUGGGUUCAAGCAGUUCUGGUGCCCCAGUCUCCCAAAAAGCUGGGACUACAGGCGUGCGCCACCAUGUCCAGUUAAUUGUAUUUUUAGUAGAGGCAGGGUUUUGCCAUGGCGCCCAGGCUGAUCUCGGAACUCCUGAGCUCAAGCAAUCUGCUCGCCUUGGCCUCCCAAAGUGCUGAGAUUACAGCAUGAGCCACCCCAUCUGGCCGAUAGUCUCUUUGUCAUGAUUUUAAAAAUCAUCUUGUUGGCCGAGACCACGUCCGCCCCGUGAGCACAGACCCUGGCCCUCGCUGCUCUGCUGCCUGUACACACCCGCUACCAGCUCACCAUAGAUGAUGAUAUUGCUACACCCGUCGUCGACAACAGCUCCGGCAUGUGGAAGGCUGGCUUCCCAGGUGACGAUGACCCCCGGGCCGUCUUCCCCUUCAUCGUGUGGCACCCCAAGCACCAGGGCAUGAUGGUGGGCAUGGGUCAGAAGGACUCCCAUGUGGGCGACGAGGCCUAGAGCAAGAGAGGCAUCCUGACCCUGAAGUGCCCCAUCGAGCAUGGCAUCGUUACCAACUGGGACAACAUGGGGAAGAUCUGGCACCACACCUUCUACAGGGAGCUGCGUGUGGUUCCCGAGGAGCAUCCCAUGCUGCUGACCGAGGCCCCCCUGAACCCCAAGGCCAGCCGCGAGAAGAUGACCCAGAUCAUGUUUGAGACCUUCAGCACCCCAGCCAUGUACAUGGCCAUCCAGCCCGUGCUGUCCCUGUACUUCUCUGGCUGUACCACUGGUAUCGUGAUGGACUCCGGUGACGGGGUCAACCACAGUGUGCCCAUCUACGAGGGAUAUGCCCUCCCCCACACCAUCCUGCGUCUGGACCUGGCUGGCCGGGACCUGACUGACUACCUCAUGAAGAUCCUUACCGAGCGCGGCUACAGCUUCACCACCACGGCUGAGUGGGAUAUUGUGUGUGACAUCAAGGAAAAGCUGUGCUAUGUUGCUCUGACCUUUGAGCAGGAGAUGGCCAUGGCGGCUUCCAGCUCCUACCUGGAGAAGAGCUAUGAGCUGCCUGACGGCCAGGUCAUCACUAUCGGCAACGAGCAGUUCUGCUGCCCUGAGGCACUCUUCCAGCUUUCCUUCCUGGGCAUGAAAUCCUGUGGCAUCCAUGAAACUACCUUGAACUCCAUUAUGAAGUGUGACGUGGGCAUCCACAAAGACCUUUACGCCAACACAUUGCUGUCUGGCAGCACCACCAUGUGCCCUAGCGUUGCCAACAGGAUGCAGAAGGAGAUCACUGCCCUGGCGCCCAGCACGAUGAAGAUCAAGAUCAUUGCUCCUCCUGAGCUCAAGCACUCUGUGUGGAUUGGCGGCUCCAUGCUGGCCUCGCUGUCCACCUUCCAGCAGAUGUGGAUCAGCAAGCAGGAGUAUGAUGAGUCCGGCUCCAUCAUCCGUCCUUCAAAUGCUUCUAGGCGGACUGUGACUUGGUUGUGUUACACCCUUUCUUGACAAAACCUGACUUGUGCAGAAGACAAGAUGAGAUUGGCAUGGCUUUAUUUUUUGUUUUGUUUUGUUUUUGUUUUUGUUUUUUUUUUGGCUUGACUCAGGAUUUAAAAACUGGAACGGUGAAGGCGACAGCAGUCGGUUGGAGUGAACAUCCCCCAAAUUUCUGCAAUGUGACUGAGGACUCUAUUUCUUGUUUGUACAUUGUUCUUUUUUUUAAUAGUCAUUCCACAUACCGUGAGAUGCAUUGUUAGAGGAAGUUGUUUGCCCUCCUAAAAGCCACCCGACUUGUGUCUAAGGAGAAUGGCCUAGUCCUCCUCCGAGUCCACAUAGGGGAGGCUUCUUGUAAAUUAGGUAAUGCAAAUUUUUUUAAAUUUUUGCCUUAAUACUUUUUAAGUUUGUUUUAUUUUGAAUGAUCAGCCUUCGUGGCCCCCCUCUUUUGUCCCCCAGCUUGAGAUGUAUGAAGGCUUUUGGUCUCCCUGGGAGUGGGUACAGGCAGCCAGGGCUUACCUGUACACCGACUUGAGACCAGUUGAAUAAAAGUGCUCAACUUAAAAAAAAAAAUCACUGGGUGCGGUGGCUCACGCCUGUAAUCCCAGCACUUUGGGAGGCUGAGGCGGGCGGAUCACCUGAGGUCAGGAGUUCAAGACCAGCCCGGUCAACACGGUGAAAGCUCAUCUCUACAAAAAAAUGGGAGGCGGAGGUUGCGGUGCGCCAAGAUCGUGCCAUUGCACUCCAGCCUGGGGGACAGAGCAAGACUCUGUCUCAAAAAUAUAAAUAAAUAAAUCAGCUUGUUGAAAUCUUAAUAUUUGAUUAUAUAUGUACAAUAUAGUUAAGUUUUAAAGCAUAAUGAUUUUGAAUAUUCCAAACUCACCGUGCAGUGAACAACUACAACAUUAACAGCACCGCUCAGGGACCAACCACUCUUUUGUAGUCCUUUCCUGCUAUGCCACUCCCAUCACUCUGGGGUGGCCUGAAUUUUGUGUUUGAUUUCUUGCCUUGUAAAAAAUAGUUUUCUCAUGCAUGCACAUAUUUUAACACAAUAUGUUUAGUUUGGCUUAUUUUUGACCUUAUUAAAAAUAGUAUCACUUUAUGUAGUUUUCUGGGUCUUUGAUAUUUUUCACCCAACAGUAUUUCCCAGUUGAUCCAUAUUAUUUUGUAAGCUAUUGUAAUGUUCAUUCAUUUUCUUUGCUGUAUAAUAUUCUACUUUGUGAAUUUACAACUUUUUUUUUAUUCUGCUGCCAGUGAACAUUUUCUUUCUUUAUUUUAAAAUAAAUAUUGCUGCUGU